AUGACUACGUUAAGUGUGUACAGGGCGGAAGAACAGAUCGUGGAUGUGGACAAACAGCACCCGCCACUCCUGGUCACUAUUCAAUCACUAGCGCGAUCUGUGUAUUCAAAAGCAUGUCACCCAAACCAGGUAAAUAGGAACGAUGGUCUGAGGUCGUGGAACUUUAAAAAAGCCGACCUAUCUGAACUAUAUGGAAAAAUUGCAACGGCAAAUUGGUCCAAUACAUACUCCUCUAACCUAAAUCUAAGUAUACAUAAUUUUUAUAGCACUUUGUAUUCUUUAUUCGAUGAUUGUGUACCACAAAGGAUGGGUAGGCAAUCUCAAUCGAAAUAUGUUUAUCCCAGAUGGUAUACAAGUGAGUUGAUCCAACAAAUAAAGAAAAAAGCUAAACUGCACAAGCACUACAAGUCAACGAAGUCAGUAGUGGCAUAUAGGGAGUUUAGUCAGUGUAGAGCUGAAGUGAAGAACUUAAUUGCUUUGUCGAGGGAGCAGUAUAGCAAUUGUGUGGAGGCUAACAUAAAAUAUGAACCAAGAUCUUUAUGGAAUUAUAUAAAUGACCAUAGAGCAAAUAGGCAACCACCAGAAAUUAUUGAAAACGGAGAGGUUUUAAGUGUCGGCCAAAGUGUCGAGGCUUUUGCGAACUUUUUUAGUAGCGUUUAUGCAGGCCAAAAGCCAAAUCUAAAUGUGGAAGCAGCCAUAAGGGAGGCGGGGAGUAGCAACACAGUGGCAAUGAUAAGUGUCGAAAAAUUGCAGCUAAAAGAUGUGCAGAAAGCAAUGCAGGGACUUAAGCCAAAAAAAGCUACUGGUCCAGAUGGGGUACCUCCAUAUGUGCUGAAAGAUUGCUGCACGGUACUAGCAGAACCUCUUCGUCAUAUUUUUAAUCUCAGUUUAAAAGAAACCAUAGUCCCAGAAGUUUGGAAAAAUAGUAAAGUUGUGCCAGUGCCAAAAGGAGGAAAUCGUAGUAGGGUGGAAAACUAUAGGCCAGUGGCUAUUUUGUCAUCUCCUGCAAAGGUUAUGGAAACGGCUCUCCAAAGGUCCAUUUACAGCCAAAUCUCGCCUUACCUGGCAGAUGCUCAACAUGGGUUUCGACCAACUAGAAGCACUACAAGCAACCUCUUAAGCUAUAUGUCAGAUAUUAUUCCGGUAGUAGAUAGUGGUGGGCAAGUGGAUGCUGCGUAUUUGGAUUUUAAAAAGGCAUUUGACAUGGUAGAUAAUGAUAUACUUUUAAAAAAAUUUGCUGAAGUAGGUUUUACUACUCACUUACUGAAACUUAUGACAAGUCUGUUGACUGAUAGGAAACAGUACGUUGAGUAUGGCGGAUGUAAAUCAAAAGAGUAUUUUACCAGGAGUGGUGUUACGCAGGGAAGCAAUAUGGGACCGUUGCAGUUUCUAUUGAUGGUUAAUGAUUUAUCAGGAGUAAUGAAAAAUGCGAAAUGCCUUAUUUUUGCUGAUGACGUUAAACUAUCGCUGAGCAUUGAAAACAUGGAGGAUUGUACUAGCCUACAGAAGGAUAUAGAUAGAGUGGUGCUUCGGGGCAAGCUACAGCACCCUGAAAUACUACAAAGGCUGUGUCUCAGCGUCCCGGGGGGUAAUAUGCGACGAAGGAAAGCAUUACUGCUAGCACUCCCGCACGCGCACACGAAUCUGUUAAAGUAUGCACCAGUGAUAAGAGCUAUUACUAUAUUGAACGAGGUCGCAAUAAAAACGGAUUUAUUUUGUUGCACGUUGGCUGAAUUCACAAGGUUAGCAUCAUGGAUAAUCUCAUUUGAAAGUCGAUAG